GAAAAUUCGGUGUUGCCUAGCUAGGGAUGAGUGCUUGCCUGUCGGUUAGAAGAUUGUGGUUUCAGUGUGAAAUAUUAAUAGGAUAUGUGGGCGGACGUAUAGGCCAAUUUUAUUCUCGAAGAACCGAAUUGUCCAGUAUUUCAGAACCGACGGUCAACACAUUUUGCUAAUGCCCCUGUCAAUGUCUGAUGCGCACUCUGGAGAAACAAACCAAGCUCCGUUCGUACCAUAUGUUUGUAGCCUACUCUGUAAUCGGUUACGCGUGUUUAGUCUGCGAAAGGAGCUAUUUAAUCCAAAGAAAUAUUUUACAUUGUUUGUAACUGCUCUAUUCUUGAGGAGUGUUUAAUUUUAUUUAUCACAAAAUUCCAAGAAUGGUUCUUAUUAUAGACACAACUGAAGAGAGUACCUGUAAUGUAGCCUACAUUAUUGGGCGCAUUGGACGUUGCUCCACGUGAGAUAAUCGUCCGCUGCGACCAAAUCUAUUGUUGACUAUAAGUGAGUUUUUUUUUGGGGGGGGGGGGGAGCGAGCGUUGCCUAAAAUUGUCCACACAAAUCGACGACAAACGUUUAUUUUGCGUGUGCAAACCAUAGACAGUACCAUAGAAGGUGCAAACAUAACCUGGGGCGGAAUGCUAGGACAGUCUCACCACCUUAUCGGGGGGAUCCUGUGGAUUCAAAAUCCGAUGAGAGCUGUCCACUGCAACCUGAGUCAGAAUGGUUUAGAUCACCAGGUGUGCCCAGAGGAUGUGACAUCACCCUUGGAUGAACUGCCAAUCGGUCAUGGAGUGGCCAUCGAUGACGAUAGCCCCACCUACCUGGACCAGAGGGAUCCCAUCUACCAGCAGGCCUCAGACUCGCAGGCCACGCAGCCGGGGAACUUGAAGCUGAGCAAGCCGGUCGCCCUGUGGACGCAGCAGGACGUAUGCAAGUGGCUGAAGAAACACUGUCCCAACCAGUACCAGAUCUACAGCGACUCCUUCAAGCAGCAUGACAUCACAGGCCGAGCUCUGAUGAGGCUGACGGACAGGAAGCUGGAGCGGAUGGGCAUCAUGCAGGAGAGCCAGCGGCAGCACGUCCUGCAGCAGGUCCUGCAGCUGAGAGUGCGGGAGGAGGUGCGCAACCUGCAGCUGCUGACGCAAGGAUCCCUGGAGAGUUCACCAUAGGCUUGAAAGUUCAAGAAAAGGAUCGGUCUCCAUGUCUGUCUCUCUCCACCCAGCAGUAAUCCCAGAAUACUCCGACACCCCCUGCUUCCCUCAUGCCCUUCCUACAGCCCCCCAUCUGGAGGGCCCCACUGCGUGCAUGCAUGCACGCACACACGCACACAUGCACGCACACACUCGACUACGCACACGCGCGCACACACACACACAAACACGCACACUCACACACAUGCACACACACACGCACGCUUGCACACAACCACGCGCACACACGUACGCACAACAGAAGACAAAAUAAUCAUCAAUGUAUGACUCCACAAAUAAAGGGCAAAGAUGACUAUAGCAGCAACAAACACAAUGAAUUGAAAAUAGUGUGUGCCUGUACACUGUUAACUCUUUUAAAGUAGCACAUUUAAUGUUUAGCAACCUGUUACUGUAUAUAAAAUAGCCAAGUAUGACUAAUCAGCAGAUGUUCAGAUGAACAGGUCGAAAGCCAGUCACAUAUCAGGUAGAUCUGCCUUUAUUUUUUAUUUUUCCUCUGACCAGUCUGCAACAAGGGAUGUUUCAAAUUGAAAUCUAGUAGAUACUGCAUUUUGCACUUUGAUGUUUUUUCUCAUAUUCUAAUGUGCUUAAUUAAGUGCAUUUUAAAUUCUGUGCUUUUGGUCUUUUUUGAUAGUAUUUAUUUUUCUUCCUUUACCGUGCUGUGUGUGUGUACAAUCUAAGAAAAGUUCACUGUGACUCGGACCAGAUGUCUUAAACAAUCUCAAUCCGAAACUGAGAGUAGCAUCCCCAUCUGCUGUCUUGGUAUCCUGUGUGGUCCAGGUCUUCUCUGGAAGAGCUCUAAGCAAAAAUGAAAGGAAAAAAAUGGGUGAAAUCAUCUUCCUUUUUCUCUCCGUUCUCUCACUACAUCGGUCAGUGACAGUACUUGUAACCAACUGAAUUGCACUGAAUAAUUUUUUUUUUUUUGCUGUGGAGCACAACAUCUUUUGAUUGGAUUCCACAAGUCAGUACCUGACAGUACAUGGUAGCACCAUCUGUUAUGUGGUUCAUUAAGCCUCACACUCCUUACAAUAUAUCGUAGAUAUCAAGCAUCUUCCAGAAAACAAUAUGGAAAGGAAUGAACUUCAGAAAGGUAAUAGAAAAUCAAUUGACAGAUACUUAUGUCACCAUGAUUAAAAUCAUGCUUUGUUAGCAUUACUUUUAAAACUUUGAAUCCAUAGUGCAAAAAAUAACUUUUUUGUGUUGCCGGCAAGUUAUUUAUUUUUUGAAACGUUGGAUAGCUACAAGCAUAGAAUUUGCUAAAGCGGUAACAUUGUUAUCACAAUGUUAUAUUCUGACUGUGUCUUGGGUUGUCUAGCAAUAAUAAGGCAAAAUAAGUUUAACAGCAGAAAAAAACUAUAGUAGUCAAUCUAUUAUAUUUGUGACCCAGUCAAGGUGUUGGAAAACACCAAUUGCUUGCUUUUUAGCUUUCAGUAAAUUUGCUAAUUUAGGUAUUUGUGGGUGAACAUUAAAUAACAUAAGGUGAGGGAAAGCUAUCUACUGUAUGUCAUACAACUUAACUGUCGUACAAGCUAGCUGAAUUGUUAAAUGGUGUCACUAGAGAACAGCCAAAGCAGUAUCCUAAUGUUACCUAGCUACCUAUAUUACAGGUGUUUUUACCCUUUUUUCUGUUUUCUUCUGAUUGUCCAGAGUUAGCUUGGAAUGGGCAGCACAAAUUGUUUAGCUCUGACAGACCGAAACAGCUCUGAGCUUAAGGCCGAUGGUGAGUCAGUGAUCAUGACAUCAGAAUGCUACUAUAAAAAUGAUUGAAAAGAGGUUAAAUAGCAACAUGUCAAAAAUAUAUAUAUAUAUCAAAAAUUCAUGUUCAGACAUGAAUCCUAAUAAAUUUACUUUCUGUGUAUCUUAAAAGUGUAAAAGUGUAGAUGCUUUUAGAAUAUUUUAAUUAACAUUCAGAAGUUUAUGGGGUAAUUUAUUUUGCUUUUAGCCUUCAGCAAAGUAAAAUAAAACAGUCUACACAAUGCUUUUAGCCAUCUCAAUGUUAUUUUUUCAUUUGAAACAGAUGGAAUCCCAUAAAUACUUUAGCCACAGCCUUGUCAUUCUCUUACACUUUACCCCAAGUGGAAUAACCUGCACGCAAGUGGAUUUUUAUGGUUUCACACCCACAGCUUCACCUUAUUUCUCCCUCACAAUUAUUUUAGAUGUAGUUUAUCGAAGGUUUGCCAGUGAAGAGGUUCUUGUUUACGCCAUGUACUUAGUUAAGUACAUAACUAUGUAAGCCUGCUAUGCCAGUGUUAUUAAAAUACAAAAGUAAUUAAUAUAUAUGUUGAAGGAUUUAAUACAAUAAAUAAUGUGUAACAAUAUUGUAUUUACUUUGUAAGUACAUAUAAACGUAGACCACUAUAAUAUAAAGUGUGAUUGAAAGGACAUAAGGUAAAGAGGGAUAGAGAGGAGUAAAGCCACAAAGGCACAUGCACACUUCACAGCUGACAGCAGAUGCAAACUGUUGUUCUGGUCAGAUUGUGCAUUUUUAUAUCAGCUCGUGGGUUCAUUUAUUAAUUAAUCUAUUUUAAUUUGAAAGUUGUCCCAGGAAAUGCAAUUACAGACUUGUCAGUAUGACUAGGUGUACCCCAGGCCCAAAAUUAAAAUGUAAAUUUUUUGCCAAGAGGGACCUGAUAGCAUGUUCUUUGUGAGGUUCUAAUGUUUUCUUUGACAUGGGCAUGCACAUCAACUCCUCUUCAGUCUGCACAAAUCUUUUUAUCCAUGCCUUUGAAGGGUGCCUGUUCGUGAAUACUGCUACUGAAAAUCUGUGAAUAACUGCAAAUCUGUGAAUAAUCACAAUCAUAUCGAUGAUGUAAUGGUAAUAUAAAUAAAUCCUGUUAGAGCAAA